CCAACCAACCAGCUGAAAGAGAACGAGCGAUCAGGGCUGUUUGAACGUGGCAGGGAGAAAAGGAGGGAGGAGGGAGAGAGCGUGAGAGAGAGAGAAAGAGAGAGAGGGUGAAAUCGAUUGUCAGAACCAAGGAAAUAGAAGUGUUACUAUUGCACGGCCACUGGAACGGUGUCUGCCAGCUGAGGAUAUGCAUUGGCUCCCAGCGCUCACCGGCUCACGGGACACACUCUAAAAUCCAGCUGCUGGAUUUUCCCCUUCUUUUAUAACUGCUAUCAUUCUCUCCAUUUACAAAGGAGGGAUCUACAAAUAAAGGCAACCACAGCAAGACAUGUGUCUCUGGGGAUGAUGCCGUUGCCGCUGGUGCCACUCUCCCUGUCGCCAUGACGAUGCCGCUCAGCCCCCUCUCCAGCGACGAGGAGCAGCAAAGGAUGCUGGGAAACAGUCAACACCUUUAUCCAGGGGCGGAAGAGGAAGAGGAGGAGGAAGAGGAAAUGGACGAUGAUGGCAUGGACGAGGAAGGUGAGGAGGAGAACGGAGAGCUGGAGAUGGACGAUGAAGAGGAAGUGGACGAUGAAGAUGACAUCAGGCGAGGACCAGGGCAUUUGAGAGGAGGCAGGGAAGAGGGGCACAGGCAAAAAGGCACAAUGGCUGGACGACUCCCAGGAGACAGACCCAUUCGACCCGGCAACCCGGGCCAUGCGGCCAACCCUUAUUCGUCCAAUCCUGGACCAACCCACCAAACGUCAACCAAUCAGCAGCAGCAGCAACCGCAGAGGAAGCUACGAGAGCGGAGCUCCAGCAACGCACCUGACGACACACACGUAGCUCUGAUGGUCUUUCGAAUUGGCAUUCCUGAUAUUAAACAGACGAAAUGUCUGAGGUUCAACCCUGAUGCAACCGUAUGGAAGGCGAAGCAGCAGGUGAUGUGCAGUCUGACUGAGUCUCUGAGGGAUGUUUUAAACUAUGGUCUUUUUCAACCUGCCACUGACGGGCACGAUGCCAAGUUCCUGGAGGAGGAGAGGCCGCUCCGCGAGUACCCACAAUCCUUUGAGAAAGGAGUACCUUACCUGGAGUUCCGAUAUAAAACCAGGGUGUACAAACAGACAAAUCUAGAUGAGAAGCAGCUGGCCAAACUACAUACUAAGGCCAGUCUGAAGAAGUUCAUGGACUACAUCCAGACCAGCGCUGUGGAAAAGGUAGCCAAACUUAUUGAUAAAGGACUUGACCCCAACUACCACGACCCUGAUACAGGAGAGACUCCACUCACUCUGGCCGUACAGACGGAGCCGGGCGGAAGUGAGAUCAUCAGGGUGCUGGUGAUGGGUGGAGCCCACAUUGACUUUAGGGCGAGAGAUGGCUUGACCCCUCUGCACAAGGCUGUCAGAGCACAUGCACACACUGCCCUACUGACGCUGUUGUCUUUGGGGGCGUCUUCUGAUUAUAAGGACAGCCGUGGGCUGACACCACUGUACCACACUGUGCUGAUAGGGGGCGACACCUCCUGCUGCGAGACCCUGCUAUACCACAGAGCCAGGCUGGGGCUCCGCGAUGAGAACGGCUGGGAUGAGACACAUCAGGCGUGUCAAAAUGGGAACUCUCAACAUUUAGAGCACCUGCUUUUUUAUGGUGCAGACUCCUCAUCCCAGAAUGCCUCAGGAAACACUGCCCUGCACAUAUGUGCUUUAUAUAACAAGGAGAGCUGUGCCCGCAUCCUGCUUUAUCGAGGAGCUAAGAAGGACACAAAGAAUAACAGUGGGCAGAACUCCUUCCAGGUGGCUGUGAUGUCUGGCCAUUUUGAGCUUGGAGAAAUAAUUAAAAACCACCGUGAAUCAGAUGUAGUCCCCUUUUUGGAGUCUCCUAAAUAUGCCCCGCAAAGGAGGGAGAGCUCACGGACACUUGGACUGCCUCAUCCGCACCCCUUUUUACGGGCCAACAGUGAUAACAGCAUGAAUGUGCCAGACUGGAUUGCCUUUCCCAAUGCUGCAGGAUCAAGCAUCGUCUCUGUACAGGGUCUAAAGCAUGGCGGCACCUUACGUAGCUCCAGCAGUCCCCGUGGAGCCCGAACACGUUCCCCAUCUCGUGGCCGAACAGGUGACCGGGACGAUCGGAGCCGGCAAACACGUGGAAGACAAGGAGCGGGAUCCAUCAGUAGUCAGGGCACAGCCAGCGGGCAGCGGCGGCGUCUCUACAGCGCCGUUCCUGGCCGAGUUUUUGUUGCCACUCGCUCACACUCGGCCCAGGGUGACCGCGAAAUCAGCUUCAACAAGGGAGACAAAGUCAAAGUGCUGAGUGUGGGUGAAGGAGGCUAUUGGGAAGGGACGGUUCGAGGACGCACAGGCUGGUUCCCCUCAGACUGCGUGGAGGAAGUUGCUCUCCGUAGCCUGGAAUCUCGUUCAGAGAGCCGCAGUGAGAGAGCCAAGAGACUCUUCCGGCAUUAUACUGUUGGAUCCUACGACAGCUUCGAUGCGCCCAGUGACUACAUAAUCAAGGAGAAGACAGUCCUCCUGCAGAAAAAAGACAAUGAAGGUUUUGGCUUUGUGCUGAGAGGAGCCAAGGCUCAGACCCCUAUAGAAGAGUUCACUCCCACCCCAGCCUUUCCAGCACUGCAGUACCUUGAGUCUGUCGACGAGGGAGGCGUGGCCUGGAGAGCUGGUCUGCGAAUGGGAGACUUCCUUAUAGAGGUGAAUGGUCAGAAUGUGGUUAAGGUGGGACACAGGCAGGUGGUCAAUAUGAUCAGGCAAGGCGGUAACAGUCUCAUGGUCAAGGUUGUCAUGGUUACUCGAAAUCCUGAUAUGGAGGAAGGGGUCAGAAAGAAAAUCCCACAGCAGAGUAAAAGACUGAGCACACCGGCUAUCGCUCUGCGCUCCAAAUCCAUGACAUCAGAGCUGGAAGAGAUGGUGGACAGAGCCUCUGCCCCAUGGAAAAAAAAAUCAGAGUUCGAAUCUUCACAAGCUACAGAGAAGAAGAGGACAGUUUAUCAGAUGGCUUUGAAUAAACUGGAUGAGAUUUUAGCAGCAGCACAGCAGACCAUUAAUACAAAUGAGGCUCCAGGGCCCCGGGUUCAGGGGGUAAAAAGAGAACGGGGCAGAGGCUUUUAUAAUGAGCCAAAUUUCGACCAAACUGGAAUGGGGAUGACAUCAUCUGGGGCAGGGUUAGGCUACGACCGUGGUCAAUUUGUGUCUGGCCAUGGCCCCCCGCACGGUAUGCUGCGACAGAAGUCUAUCGGGGUUCCUGAGGAGGAGAAGCAGUUUCUUCAUCCUCCAGCCAUGAAGUUUGCCCGUAGUCUUUCAGUACCUGGCCCAGAUGAAAUCCCUCCUCCACCUACUACAGCACCCCCUGAGCCCCCUUUUUCCUCAGCUCCUCCGCUUGGCUUUAGGGGCAAGACAUCUCAACAGCCGUCUGUUUCUAUGUCUCAGUCUACUUCCUCUGCUGCACAUUAUCAACUCUACUCACAGUCAGUACAUGUUACUCACGGACCAAGGGACAGGUCCCCUGGACCACCUACUGGGUCUGGAACUGGGGACCUUGCUUAUUCCCAUGCCCAAGCCCACCCCUCUGUACCAAGUAGGACUGCCUCCAGGAAGGUGAUUGGGUACACAGGAGAUCUUGCAGGGGCUGGAGGAGUGGCUGGGGCCAAAGCUGCAGCAUUGAGAAGGGGUUACAGCAAUGCAGUCCCACCCACCAGUGUCGCUACUGUGAUUCCACAACAGCAGCAGACUACUCAGAACCAACCUUCCAGAAUGGACCGGAGUGGAAUGGGGGUAGGGGCUGGUGGUGUACCAAAAGGCGGUGCUCGUAGAGGAAAGGGGCCCUUGGUGAAACAGUCAAAGGUGGAAGACCUGCGUCAAGGUCAAGACACUCUAGAAGCAAAGGUGUCAGUGGAGAAGAGCUCUAUUCCAAUCCCAACUAUCAUUGUUAAAGCCCCUUCCACCAGCAGUAGUGGACGCAGUAGCCAAGGCAGCAGUGUGGAGGCUGAACCACCGCCCCCAGGAGAAAGUGACAGUUCUAAACCAGAACCUGUUGUUCCCCCACCUGCACCAACCGUGCCACCACCAGCCCCUCCAUCUAUACCUGCUCCUCCACCCCCAUCACUGCCAUCACUUCGUACUCAAGAGAGUCUGGACUUCACCAGCCAGUUUGGUGCUGCCAUUGUAGGGGCAGCUCGCAGGGACAGAGAACGAUUUCAUGAAGCACGACGCAAGAGUGCCUCCUUUUUUCUUUCUGCUGAGGAAGAGUUGAGUGGAGCUGGAGGAGCAGGAGGGCGGACUCAGACUUCUCAACAGCAGCUGAGUUCCCAGCCUUCACCACGCCUGCGACCAUCCAAAUCUAUAGAUGAAGGCAUGUUCUCAGGUGAUACUUUUAUCCAUCACACACGCAGUAUGCCUCCUGCAUUUGGCUUGCCUGAGUACUCCUCACCUGCUCCUCAAGGGGAUUACCAGCCUAAGUCUGUACCUGCUGACUUCUAUGGGGCAGGAUCCAGACAACAGCAGCAGCAGCAGCAGCAGCAAGCCCCCACCACAACUUUUAUUCACCCACUAACUGGAAAAGUACUGGACCCUUCAUCCCCUCUAGGCUUGGCUUUGGCUGCACGGGAACGUGCCUUGAAGGAUGAUGGACGUAUACGUAGGGAAAGGACCACUGAACAUCAUUUUACCCGUCAGUUGUCAAGCAUUGGGGCCUUUUCCUCAUCCACUUCACAGCCAACAUCACACAUUUCCUACCCAAUGGCCUCGUCUUCCUCUGCAACCUCCUCUGCUGCUCAAUCCACAAACACCUCUUCAUAUCUUGUUACCUCCUCAUCAUUAGCUGCCACCACCACAUCCACUCGGCCUCCAUCUCCUAGGAUCCUGCGUGGAGCAGGGAGUAGCUGGAGUGAAGAAGCUGGGGUUGGAGAGCGUGCGGAUAGGGAAGCAGCUGGCACCUCUGCUCCCAGAGAAGGCCUAAGGGUUCGUUUCUCCGAGGAUAAAACUGUCCACACACACCACUAUCAAUCUCAGCAAUAUCAGCCCACCUUUAAAGAGCGUGAAAGAGAACGUCAAAGAGAGAGGUCAAGAGAAAGAGAGAGGGAAAGAGAGAGGGAAAGAGAAAUAGAAAAAGCUCAAACCCAGUAUCAGCAACAGUCAUCACAACCAAUGACCCAGCAGCCUCGACGCCCCUCAUUCUUGAGGAUGGAGAGUGAAGCUGGAGCGUACAUUCUUUCAUUAACGCCUCCAUCUCCUCCUCCAACAGCAGCCCCUAUGCGUCCUACAGCAGGAGCCACAGGUGAAAGUGGAAGUGGUACAAGCCUGAUGGUUCUGCCUCCCCCAGCUCCCUCAGUAGAUGCAGAUGAUGAGUUUGUGUUUGCUGAUCCUCUUCCUCCACCUCUAGAGUUUGCCAAUAGUUUUGAUCGUGGUUUGGGUUACUCUGCGAUGAUUUCUCACAAUGUUGCAGCCCGUCAGCAGCGUCAUCCUCCACCACCCCCUCCCCCACCACCCCCGCCCACUUCGAAAGAUUCCUUUAUGACAGGCUUUCCAGCUCACACACCCCUACCGUCACCUCAGGCAGGAGAUUCCACAACUUCCAGUCUUACCUCCUAUGACAGUGAGGUUGCAAACCUAACACAAUCUGCCCCAUCGCCCUCCCCAUCUUCUCCCAACCCACUACCACCUCACUCCCCCUCCACCCUUCAGACAUCUGGACCACCUCCACCUCCCUCUGUAUCACCUCCUCCACCACCCAACAGCUACCAUAGACCUUUUGGCUUAUCUCAGUCACAACAUUUAUACAACAGUACACACACAACUGGACGCUCCUCCUCUCCCACCCCACCUCUCUCUAUUCCAGCUCCACCUGCCUACCGGGGGCCACCAACAGCAUCAUCCACCCCUGCAACUUCUGUAUCAAUCAGAGGUGCCUCAACUGUGACCGCAAGCUGUUCCACAACUGCUUCUACAACUGUCACCUCUCCUAGUACUACUGCUGCUGCCACACCACACACACGCAUAGCAACUGUCUCCACAGUAGCUACAGGGGGUAGUAGGCGUCCCAGUGCAGAGCAUCAUCCACCACCUAGUGCAACCAAGAGUGGUGAGUCCCAGGAGACAGUGGUAGAUUCUGGGAUUGAGGAGCUGGACAGCCGAAGCAGCAGUGAUCAUCACUUAGACAGCAUUCUUGCACUCAGUGGUAGUGGGGUCAGAGAGAGGUUGGAACGAGCAGGGAUGAGUAGCAUAGGUGGAAUUGGAGGGAGAGAUGGUGCAACUGAGGUUGACAGGACAAGUGGGGCAGACUUUUUAGAGUCUUACAUGAGCUACCUUGAUGGGCAGACUUUUGAAAUGCACAAUGCCAAAGCCGCUAGCACUGCAUCCACCUACCCAAAAACACAGAGGUACAGAGAAGGCACCCGGGCUGGAGAUCUUCGACGCCAGACCAGCACAGCACCUCCUGCAUACCACCGUCGUAGAGAGGAGGAAGAGGAAGAGGAUGAGGCCGAGGAGGUAGAGGAGGAGGAUUUGAGUGCCCGUGAUGGCUAUGGGAUGAGGGAAGGGCCAGGGAUUGCUCGCUCCUCUGUAAUGUACUUUGACCGGCCCCGCACUCCAGAGAUAAAACCACUGUGGGGAGAUGGGUCGACUGGAGCAUCACAGACCAUGGGGGAGGGAGGGGGCCAGAUAGUGGGAACAUAUGUGGAGCCACGUAAACUACAUCCUCCCAUGACUGGUAUGAAAGCAAACAUCAUUAAUGAACUAAGCACCAAAUUACAGCAGAGAAGUAAAGGAACAGAGAACUGGGGGGCCCAGAGAUCAUUGAGCAGACAUAGACACAGGUUCUCAGAGGACUCAACAGGUGCACUGAGUCCUCCCUCUGUCCGCUCUAGCUCCCCAUCUCCAGUUCAGCUCUCUCAGCCUGCCUUGUCUCCCUCUCCCACUCCUUCCUCCCAGCCACUUUACUCAAACUGGGCUCGAUCUCCUUCCCCUCAGCCCCCUGCUGCCUCAUCCCAGCCCCCUCCCCGAUCCCAUUCACCUGUUUCCCCUUCAUCAUAUUCACCAUACCCCACCUCACCCAAACACCGGCCUGUUUAUCGCACCAAAGCUCUGGAGUUCCAAUUUAUUCCCAGUCGAGAGUCACGAAAGUCAGAGUCGCAUCAUGCCCAGCGCAGACGAGCACCCAGCCCUUUAAUUUCUCCAUCUGACCGUCCCAAGCUUGGCCCUCCCCGCCCCUCUUCCCUUCCUAUUCUCCCCACUACACCCCUCUAUAGCAGCCUGUAUGACCUUCGUGGUUCUAUUACUCCACCCUCACCUGCCAAUCCCCUUGGGGACCCCUACUUUUCCCCCUCCCCCCCUCUAUUUGCCCCCUCGGGUGCUCCCCCUCCUCCAAAUUCCUCUCUGGUGGUCUCACGGUCCCUGUCACCCACUCACUUCCUGUCAGGGACUUCAUCCCCACCUCUCCACCCCAUUCCUCCACCCACUUGCCUGAGUUACCCCCAUCUUCCACCCCCCUCACCCACAAAGCCCUUUGCCUCAAAACCUCUCCCAUACUGGACCAAGUAUGAUGUUGCAGAUUGGCUGGGCUACCUGAACCUGGGUGAACACAGGGAGCGAUUCUUAGACAAUGAAAUUGAUGGCACGCACCUGCCCUCUCUUACCAAGGAUGACUACCUGGACCUGGGUGUGACCCGAGUUGGCCAUCGCAUGAACAUAGAGAGGGCGCUCAGGAGAGUUAUGGACAGAGAACACUUGGAGUGGGCCACUGCAUGAGGUCCAGGAUGGCAUGGGGAAAGAAAUGGAGAACUGAAAGAGGGGGAUGUGGGAGAGCAAGAGAAAAAUACUUCCUUAUAAAGACUUUCCACCUUCCCCCCCCUAUCAUCAGGCUGUCUUCUAGCACUUUCCCCAUUUCUGCUCUCUCUCCUCGAAAUGGACGGACAAACAGAAGGAGAGAUGAGGCCAACCGGAGUUGAGAGAACAGGAAAGAUGAGGUGACAACUGCUGCCAUCAGAGAUUAUUCCCUGAAUGAAGAAUAAAGCAGGAUGAGGUGACUUUGAAAUCAGACUGCCUGCUUAUGAAUGGAGAGAUACAGAAGAGAGUUGACGGCCUGUCUGAACUGUGAACACGCCUGCGCUUACAUGUGUGAUUCAGUCAACGAAAACAUAACCACCCACAUACACAUCCGCAUGUCAACCUCUGAACAAAAUACACUUAGUUUGAGCUUGCAGGCACUCACAAGGUGGUCAAAUUGGAAUUAACUGAACAAAUCACAUAGGGGGAUCUAUCUCUGUAGGAUUAAACAUGUUCACAACAUGAGAAGGUAACAUACUACAUAACUGAGCCAAAUAAUUUGAGGGAAACAAUCAAAAUGGUCUUAUCUUUUCUGUUUUUCUUUUGGAAGAGAUAGGGAGAAAGAGAGAUAUUGAAACCUCCUUUGCUGUCUUUCUCUUUUUCUCAGAUGUUGAGCUGAGUCUAGAACUGACAAACAUUUACUAAGGGUAUCAUUUUUAGAGCAGGUUCAAUGGAGACCAUUGCUGGAAGGACAAGUACUGACAAACCUCCUGUCUGGCACGACUAGGGAAGCCCUUAAAAUAGAGGUCAAUUUUAUGGCAGGCACUUAUUUGGUAAGACUGUGUUGAUGCGUGGGUUCCUGUUGUUUGUGUAUGAGUGUGUGCGUGUGUGUACAUGAUAAUGUGAAAGGUUAUCACUAGAGGCAUGACCGUGAUUUGUUAGCCUAUGUGUUUUUACCUCACCAGUGGAGGAUUCUAUUUUGCCAAAGCCAAAUUGAGGCUUGUGCUUAUCUUAUAUUUCACUAGAAAUUCUUUACCUUCUCAUGUCUUAUAAUGAAAUUCUAUAUAUAUGAAAAAAAAAAUAUAUAUAUAUAUAUAUAUAAAUAUAUACAGACUGGUCACUGUAUUACAAACCCGUAGCAAAAAUAAGUGCCCAGACCAACAGAAAACACACAUAAAUACUCUACCACAUACAAACAUACACACAGUACAUUCUCAGAUUACUGAUAUAUAAAUAUAUAUACACACUACAACCAUGUCUUUUAUUUAUAUGACACAUAAUGGGACACAGUAAAAUAUCUAUGUACGGAAACAAGAUGACGAUCAAAAUACGCAAAAAAUCUUUUAACGAAGGAUGAUACAACAUUGUAAAAAGAAAAGUAUAUAUAUAUAUAUAUAUACACACACUGCAAAUUUAUCAACAUUUUUACCAAUGACUGUCAAAAUAUAGAAGUAACUACAACUUCAACGAACCUAUCCACGAUAUCAAGGCUCCAUUUUAAAACAGGAGACAGCAUGGAGAAGAGGGAGAGGAAAAACCAAACUGCCUGUAUUUCUCUUUUUCCAAGUCACUCUCCCUCUCUCCUUCCAAAAAUCAAAACACUUUCUAUGGAGGCGAGGCAGGACGAACAUGCACUCAGACAUGGGUGAGGGAUACGUGCUAAUCUGUUUUAAUACAACGAUUGUUCCUAUAACAAUUUUUAAACUCUAAAUGGGUCUGGAAUUCUAUUGUUGAGUUAACAAGAGAUGAUGUUAUUUAUUGCAGUCAUUGUUCUCAUGGUCCUUGCUGUUAUCUCUACAAGCUGCAGUGUUUCUUGUUUGUUUCUGCUGGGAUGCUGUUUAUGCUUGACUUUGUUUUUGUUUUGUUUUUUUGUUUUUGAGUGACCACAUGCAAUGUGUUCAAUCCUUUUGUACCUCUAGGAUUUUACUUAGAAACAAGAUUUCAUAUCUCACAAUGUCCCUCACCCUAUUGCUUCCCCCUUUCGAAACACAAUUGUGACAUUGUAUGCAAGGACUAUCAAGGAGUUUAUUGUCUGUGACCAUAUAUUUACCGUUUACAUUCAUAUUCCCUUACACAAACUUAUAAGUAAAUCUAGUGACCUCCAGCCCUCAUCUCCAACACCACAAAUAGUUGCUCAAUCAAUUAAAAGGGCUCCUCAUCCUUUUAGACAUACUUCCUUUUAGUCAUUACUUUCAUCCAAAACACCGACGCCUUCACUCUUCUUACUUUCCUGUCUCUCUUUCAGAACCAUCAGUAAAGAUCUCAUCCCCUCCAUCUCCAUAUCUUUCAUCUGUUCAUCUUCUAAGAGUGUGGCAUCUUCAUUCAUCAUACUGCUCACUUUACCUUACUCAUACUGGACAAAAAGAUUGAGGAACUAAUUGUAUUUUUUUUUUAUGUUUAAAUCUGGUAAGUAUAGUGAUGUUGAUAACAGUAAGGACAAUGAAUGAAAUUAUUAUUCUGAGAUGGAAAAAAAAGGAUUCCGAGUUUUAAAGAAUCUCUGUCUUCCAAAUGUUUAACAUGAGUUUUAAUGUGUAUUGGAAUCAUGCUUUCUACACAUCCUGUGUCCCCUGUUGUCUCAUCUUUCCACAGUUCAUCGAAUUGAUUCACAUCAAACGCGGCUGGUGUUGUACCCUGAUGACUGGUAAAUACCCUCACUUACCUGUAUUGUCCACUAGGUGGAGUAAAAAUCACAAUUCUCUUCCCUAGUUAGCGUCUGAAUGAAAGAUUGGACCAUGGCAAAAAAGAUAGGACAUUUUGGUCUUUCUAAGCCCUCAAGCUCCACACGCCAUAUUUUUAACAUCUUCUUAUAACUGUUAUACAUAAUACACGCACAUUGAAGAUCACAUGGCCAAUAGAGUCUGGACAGUGUGGGACGGGAUAGAGCUCACAGGUCAAACACACGAGCAGUUAUGCAGUAGCCGUCCAGGGUGUGCAGAAAGCAUCUCUUUUUUUUUCUUUUAAAAUGAAGAAAUUAUGAACAGAUAAGAGGUUAUUUACAGAAUAUAUGUGUAUGCGAUUAUACCUAUUCAUAUACACAUAUGAAAAUGUUUUAAGAAAUGAAUAAAGGUUAUUAGAAUUAUAAUAAAAGAUGCAGGAAUUACUUUGA